AUGGUAGGAAAUGUUAGUUGUGGUGAAGAGGAGAAGCAAGAGAGGAGUGGGAGACACUUUUGUAAGGUAUGCAAUGAGGGAUUUAGGUGUGGUGGAGCUCUAGGAGGACACAUGAGAGCCCAUGUUAUUGGAGAUAUUAAUAAUGUUGAAGAAGAAAACUCCAGGAAUGAGCUGUCUGAAGGCAAUUACAAGCAUCCGUACUCUCUUCAAGCCAAAACGAGUCGUUAUGUGGGUUAUCAAGUAAGUGAAGAAGAAAGACACAAGCAGAAGUCGAAAGCAACGAUCAAGAUGGACAAUAACUAUGAUGAUCAUGAUCGGUAUUCGGUUUCAAGUGAAGAAGAAGAUCUUGCUAAUUGUUUGGUCUUGUUGUCUAACACAUCUUGUGCAUUGUCUAAUAAGAAGGAAAUAAUAAAGGCUAAACAAGUGGAGAUAAAAGGUAUGUUCCAAUGCAAAUCUUGUAAGAAAAUCUUCAAUUCCCACCAGGCAUUAGGAGGACACAGAGCGAGUCACAAAAAGGUGAAAGAAUCUCAUGAUUCGUACUCGAAAAAGACAUCUAAGGUACAUGAAUGUUCAGUAUGUCGCAGGGUAUUUUCUUCCGGACAAGCCUUAGGAGGGCACAAGAGGUGUCAUUGGCUCACCUCAACUUCAGUAGACAAUGCUUUCAUACCCAGAUUCCAUAAAUUUCAAAAUGAUCAUAGCCAAGAACUCUGCAAGAAACCAGACCUCGCCCCAGCCUCCAUUCCCGCCCAACAUGAUCGCAACUUGUCGUCUCGUGAGAAUAUUACUGCUGAUAACACAAUCAGUAAAUAUGAAGAUUCAACAAGAUUGUAUCAAAAACAAUGGGGUAAAGGAAAAGUUUUCAAUAGUAUUACAAGUCAAAACCAGCAUAAAAUCCAAGGCACGAAUCCAGUUAUGAUCCCCGAUGGUCUGAACAGUGAAAACACAACUGAAAUUAAGCUUAAUGAUUUAAGAGAGAUGAAUUUGGAUGGAGGGUCUUCUAAUUGGUUGCAGGUGGGGAUUGCUUCAACUGCAAAUAUAUCUUAA